AUUGGACACCGAAUUACAGGGCGGCGAUAAAAGAAUGGAGCACCAAUACUCAGGCGGAGGAGGAGGAAGCGGGAGCUGGAAUAUGAUCCCCAGCGUGGCGACCCAGAGUAACCCAUCUACUCCCUCCAGUCAGGACCAUCUCUACCUCCAACAACACCAACACCAGUUCCAACACCAACAGCAACAACAGCGUCUCCUUCUCCAACAACAGCAGCAGCAACAGCAACAGCAACAGCCGCAGCAUCAGUCUCUCGCCUCCCACUUCCAUCUCUUCCACCUGGUGGAGAAGUUGUCGGAUUCGAUCGAGAAUGGGACCAGGGAUCAGCAGUCUGAUGCGUUGAUUAGUGAUUUGAACAGCCAUUUCGAGAAGUGUCAGCAGCUGUUGAACUCCAUAUCCGGAUCCAUUGCUACCAAGGCUAUGACAGUGGAGGGACAGAAGAAGAAGCUCGAAGAGAGUGAGCAGUUGUUGAACCAGCGGAGGGAGCUGAAUACCAAGUAUAGAAACUCUGUUGUUGACCUCCUCAAGUCUCAGCCAUAGCAAAUUGUUCUGUUGCAGUUUGACUGUUUGAGCUAUGCACAAGCGAAAUUAUGAGGGUUUGCUGGAAAAGUACCCCAAAUUCUAUCAAUUGGUACAUUAAAGCUUUGUCAAGUUGUUGUAUAUGGGUGCUGAUUGACUCUCAAUCCAUCUGGUUUAGUUCAAAAAUAGUUGCAAUUUCCUCUGCUCCUUUUAUAUCUGAACUAUCAAAUGGAAUAUGAUGGGCUUAAAUGCUAGGUGUAAUGAAAUUCAAGCCCUUGACUACAAUUUGGUUACUUUUAAAUAUACGUAUUUUCUCUGUAUCUGUUUCUAUGAAUGAAUGGAAAUUAGCUGGCUUAUCAGUACUA